AUGGACCCUGGCCCCACUGCGCUCCCCAGGAAGAAAUCAGCAGCUGGGUACGCCUGGCAGAGACUCCUCUGCCUCCGGCCCCGCAGGCAGAAGAAGAAGGUGGCUUAUUCCACCUACAUCCACAAGCUCCUAAACCAGACGUGGUCCACUGGAGCCUCCUGCCUGGCGGCUGCUGCUCCUGCCUGGCUUGGCAAUCCCCAGCUGCUUGGGGACGUGGCACUGGAGGCCACCCGCCUGUCCCGCUGUGGCAGAAGAAGCCACCUCAGCCACCGGGAGGUCCUGCUGGCUAUGAAGCUGGUGCUGCUGCGUGAGCUCUCCAAGCCUUCUCCAGCAUUGUCGAGCUGUGAGCUGCUACUGAAGGGAUCCAGCAAGACAGGACAAUCCUAA